CCCCCCCCCCCUCCACCCGCUGCCCGCCGCCGCCGCCUUCGCCUUGCGCCACCAGGCGCCGCGCCCCGCACAGCCGCCCGCACAGCCGCCCGCCCGCAGGAGGCUCUGCUCCUUCCUUCUCGCCGGCGCCAUGGUGAAGCUGGGCAGCCAUUUCGGCGAGAAGAGCCCCAAGCAGCCCCCCGCCGAGGACGGCUUCGACACCAUCCCGCUCAUCACGCCCCUCGACGUCAAUCAGCUCCAGUUCCCGCCCCCCGACAAGGUGGUGGUCAAGACAAAAACGGAAUAUGAACCAGACCGCAAGAAAGGGAAAUUCCGCACACCUAAAAUAGCUGAGUUCACGAUCAGCAUCACUGAAGGUGUCUCAGAACGGUUUAAGGUAACCGUUUUGGUUCUUUUUGCCCUUGCCUUUCUUACUUGUGUUGUAUUUCUGGUCGUCUACAAGGUUUACAAGUAUGACCACACCUGUCCGGAAGGCUUUGUCUUCAAGAACAAUCAGUGCAUCCCAGCUGGAUUAGAAAACUACUACUCUGAACAAGACUCUAGUGCAAGAGGGAAAUUUUAUACCGUUAUAAACCACUACAACCUGGCCAAACAGACCAUCACACGCUCCGUAUCUCCGUGGAUGACGGUACUCUCAGAAGAGAAACUGUCUGAGCAGGAGACAGAAGCGGCUGAGAAGUCAGCUUAGAGGGAUUGGCCUGGGGGAUCUGAAGGUACCGAGGGAGCACUUCAUGGAACGUUUCAUUGUUAUGGAUAAUUUAGAGGUUACUUAUAUUUAUGGUGUAAUUGCUUCUGUUUGCUGAUAACUGCUUUGCAAAAAAAAAAAAAGGAAAAAUAAGAAAAUGAAAACUUGCUACAGACCGUUAAUGAGCUUAAAGCCAAGUGCAUAUCAGCAUUGCUUUAGAGCUUUAACACAAAUUUCUGUUAAUAAAUCCAACUUUAGGUAUCUUCUUGCAAUUUAGAAAUUUUACUGGGGUGUGCAGAGGUUUGGGCGUGGGGAAGAAUCAUGCAUGUAUGUGCUUUUAACUCAAAAACUAAAUAAGGUUUUGUAGUACCCCUUGCCAUAAGUAAAGAUGAUCGGAUCUGUUGCUUAGCUAUGAGACGCACCUAAAAUUGGAAUUCGGCUCCAGAAAGGGGUACCAAGAAAUAGAUAAAGUUGGUCUGUUUUUGCUCUUUUACCAGAUAUGUAAAAAGUGAUUAAGUUCUUUGCAACAAGGCAUGCUUAAUUGUUGUUUUGUCAUAGCUGUGAACAGACUUUCACUGGUUUCCACUGUGGGUAGAGAAUCUUGUCUAUGGAUGUGCACUGGAACACAAGGAGAUGUAGAUUUUGAUGAUGGAUAAGAAUGGUCAAUGUCCAUGGAAGACCAAAGGUGAUCAGACAUUCUGAGGAGUGAUGGAGCCUUUAUGGCCUGAACAAGCAGAUGUCCCUCACUGUAGAUACAGCCUCUCCUUCUGUAAGUUGUCUGAUCAGGCAGGAGGAAUAAUUUUGUUAGGAUUUAUCUCUUUUGUAGAACAUUAAAAAUAUCUCUGUUUU